AUGGAUCGUUUUAUAGAACUCAUUCCCUCAAAUCAGGAUAAAAAACUAGACAAGCACAGUGCUGCGAAAGCAUUUAAGGAGGUGCAGUAAUGUGUACAGUAACUAAAUGCAAAUCAAGGCUACAGAGUUCCAGACUCUCAUCACUUUUUAGUUCAUGUUUAGGGACUUCUAGGAAAGUUACCAAUUACGGAUGAUAUCAAAGCUACUUGUGGAACUAACUUCGAUUUGUUGAGUGCUUUUUAGACAUUCUUUGUCUUUGAGGGAGAUAUCUAUGCCUUAACAACUUAUUCUUGCCCUUUGGAGAAGUAUGGAUCAUUCAUGAUGAAUGAAAUCGAUUGUUUCUUAGUUUUAGGCAACGAAAAUUUAUAUCUCUCGAGGAAAGAUUGUUAAGAGACUUAGAAAAUGAUUGCAGAGAAGAAUUUGAAUAAUGUUGUCAUGCUAUUAAACGUAAGCUGUGAAAAAGAUCAUGGUAUGUGGGAAGGGUAAAUGGAGAAUGAAUUUAAUAAUAAAGAGAAAAAUGUGGGUGGAGUAGAGAGCUUAAAGCAUUAUAUGAUAGAAAAAAAUGAAACAGUAGUCAAUGGAGCAAAUUAGGAUCAAGAAGAGGAAUCUAAAUAACCAGAAGAAAAAGUCAAUAAGAAAUGUUUGAUAUUCUGA